AUGCAGGCAGAAGAGGACUGGGAUACAUUUCUUGAUGAGGAUUACAAGUUUGGUAGUUAUGAUGAGAAGCUAUUGAACUCAGAAGAAACUAGAAAGCCUCCUAGUUGCAUUCAUAUAUGGGGUGGAGAUGCAUUGAUGUGGGAUGGCUAUGAUGAUCUAACGAUCCUUGCUGGUGCACGGAUGAGAGAGUUGCCGACACAAUUGCCUUCAAUAACAUUUACAAGGAUGAAGCAUGAAAAAUUCAGGCCGGAGAUGAAUGUGUUUUUCUACCUGGAAAGUAAACCAGAGUGCAUUUACAGGGUUGAUAUAUCGUUUGAAACUUCUUCCUCUCUGUCAUCUCUAUAUGAGGCACGGGCUGCAAUUGGAGAUCAGGACCCUACCCUCCUUCGCCCCGAACACGCUUCUAUGAACCGAUUCUGGUGCGUCUUCUGCGAUUCUGACAUCGACGAGCUCGGUAGCUCAUUCGCUUGUGGUAAUUCAAUUAAUCAUAUGGCGAGUGCGGAUCACUUGAAGAAUUGCAAAUCAUUGAAGGGGUGGGAGAAGAAGUGCAAACCAUUGAAGAAUGAAACUCCUAGCGAAGGAUCUCAUAGUGCUUUGAUCGGACCUUUAAAUGAUAUCCACAAUGAAUUGAACUCUGAAUACACAGAUAGUUUUGACAAAAAUAAUAUCCACUCUCUUAAUUCAAGUUGUUCAAAUAGUGUUGUGCCUUUACAAAAUUAUACAACUGAGAGAUAUCAGAUACCUGGGUGCCAUAACCCAAUAGGAACGACUGUUCCUUCAGACUCUGAUCUCUACUGUUUACUACUAUUUGUAUAG